CAUUAACUUGAGAGGAUGGGUUCUUACGCAAGUCAAUUCAUGGCCCCUGUUGGGGACGAGGUAUCUCAACACACACAUCCUAGCAAGGCGAACUGGAUCACUGUACAUGCCAUCGCUUCUGAGUUGAGUAUAGCUGAGACAGAGCGUUUGUGGCUGCGGUUCCAGCAACUGGGAUGUAACAAAGAUGGCGUCAUAACAGAAGAUUUGGCAACGAAAAUGUCAAUUUCAAAUGAUGCCUUUUCAAGAAAUUUAAUGAAAAAAUUCACUCUGAACCAAACGAAGGACAUCACAUUUGAGAACUUCCUUCGAGGAUUGAAGUGGUGUGAGAUAGCAGAACCGACUGACAAACUCAGGGGAAUUUUCAGGCUGUUGAACAAUGGAAACCCUGUUCCGAAAACAACAUUUGUAAAGAUCUUAGAACGUGUCUACACCAACCCAAGUGAUAAAAAGGAUGUACAAAGAGUUGCAGAGAUAGUGUAUAAACAUAUAGACAAGAAAAAUACAGGUCUGAUGAAUGAAGACCAGUUCGUGACAGGUGUCAGGAGUGUUAUUCCAGGAGAAACGCUAGAGGAUAUUCUGAAUUUCGAGGUCCUUCCUACCUAUAUGAAAGAACGCCUUCAUAGUCAACUUCCGGAGUUUAACAGUGAGGGGCCAACCCCCGACCCUGGAGGCAGACAAAUUCCCUCAGAUGCAUCUCUCCGACAGGUCGCAGAAAAAAUCUACAGACGUGAUUGGUUAAGGACAGCCAAUAAACUUGGACUUACCAAUGAGGAAGUGAGCGAUAUCAAAGCAAACAUAUCCGACUCUAAAAAUCAGGCUUACACCAUGCUGAAGACCUGGAAGGACCGAGAGGCUGCACAAGCCUAUACAAGUGUGCUGGAGUCUGCUCUUAAGGAAUCAGGAAUGACGGACGCAGCUUACGCCCUCAUGCUAUAAAUUCACUUUUUCACAACAACAUUAACUAGAACACAACUACUUCACUAAAUGAUAUGGUGGACUUGAACAGGACAGAGGCUACAUGAACCCUGCUGCUAAAAUUCUACAUUCUCACCACAAUACAAACUAGGACAUAGCUGCUAUAUGAUCUAGUGGACUCAAACAUGACACAGGCUACAUGAACCCUAAUGUUAAAAUUCCACCUUCUCACGAUGAUACUAACUAGAGCAUGGCUACUUCAUUGAAUGAUCUGAUGGACAGAGACUGUGUACACCCAAAUGCUAUUGUUCACUUUCUGAUACAUAUGUACAUGAACCAUUAUAAGGACAGAGCUGUCCAAUGAACUUCUGUAUGAUAUGUCUUGAUGUACAGAUCCAUCUUCGUCAAUAUUUAGACGCGAAUAACUCUCUGCAUAUUCUGAAGUUCUUUGGAGUAGAGGAGGCAUCGUUUAUUUGAAUGCACUACUAUACCUUCU